AUGUUUGAAUUAUAUGUCUGGGGUUCAAAUGGUCAAGUUUCAAAAAUAUCACCAGAAUGCCUAGCCACUUGUAUAUAUCUCAAAUUAUCAAUAAAGGAUAGCAAUAAAUUUACAGUUAUAACUUCAAAGGACACUUCCUAUUUCAAAUUAAUAGACUAUGUUUUACCCUUUUUGAUAGAUACAACAAAUAAUAAUAAAGUAAUUGAAGGAUACCAUAACAUAAUCAAGUAUAUUAAAAAAAUUAACAUAAAUUACGAUUUAGAUGAUUGGUUAAUUGAAGAUGAAUUUUCUAAUUACCAAAAGAAUGAAAAUAAUGAAAAUAAUGAAAAUAAUAAAAUUAAUAAAAAUAAUGAAAAUCUUUUAAAUAAUCAUAAAGGCACAAAUUCAUCAAUAAGUGACGAGCUCUUAAAUUUUGGAUUAAUCAGUAUCAUUAAUGACAGUUUAAAAGUGAUAAACUAUUAUUAUUAUUACAUCAAUGAUGAAAAUUAUAAUAACUAUACUUGUUCGGUUUUCAAAGAUGGAUUGAGCUUUCCUUUAAAUUUUUACUUGCCAAGUAGCUAUAAAAAAAUUGCUGAGGAUUCAACUAUAAUAAUUGAUUUAAGCAAUGACAAAAAAAAUAAAGUAGAAGUUGAAUUGGACAAAAGACUUGAAGAAGAAUUAAACUUACCGAAAUUAAGUUCUUUACAUUCAGAUUUAUAUGAAAAAAAUCUAACUAAAUUAAAGUUACUAAAAAAAACUAAAAUUAACUUAAGAUGUCUAAAUUUGAUUGAAAAUUUUUUACAAGAUAUCGAUAUAUAUGAAUCAUAUCACAAUUUUGAUAACAAUACUCAAAAAUCAAACUUUUUAUUUGGAAACCAGAUAACAAGCUCAGAUAUUUAUUUAAUUUCAAAUAUUAUUUCAUUGAAUAAUAAAGAUUUGCCCGAUAAUUUUAUACACAGCUAUUUAAACUUGAAAUAUCCCAAAUUGAUACAGUUAGCCGAAAGUUUUGAUAAAAUUCACAUAUGA